GGCCGCGGGCUUCAGGCUGCAGGUGGAGCGGCAGAGGAGGCAGCUGGAGGCGCUGCUGCAGCCGCGGGUCAAACUGGAGCGAAGAGAUGCCCAGCAGCUGUUUCCCAUCUCCGAGCCGCCACCGGAGGAGGAGCUGUCAGGAAGUGGAGAACCUGUUCAAGAGAAGGAGCAGCAGCACAAAUAUGAGCUGAGUGCGGAGGCGGACGGAGGAAUGAGUCUCCCCUGCUUCACCGGAGAAUACACCGAGGAGGAGGAGUCACCUGAGCGAGCUUCAUCGACGCCCACAAAGGACGAGGAACCAAUCACGGAGUUUAGUGAAGCACAGAACCACGUGGAUCUCAGAAUCCGCAUCCUGGGGGACUCGGGGAUAAACGUCCUCUCUCGUAAAGUGUAUCGGAAGUACCCUCUACGUCAGCUGCAGUGUCCUCGUGGUCUCCAGGAGACGGACUUCCUGCAGCUGCUCAGGUCCACUUUUCCUCAGCUGGUGGCCGACUUUGAUUUCUUCACCACCGACAGGAGCAGGAAGCUGCUCCCACUGAAGGUCCAGACGCUGACGCCGGAGGAGAUCGACAGGAGCAUCAAGUCCAACGGAAACUCCGCCCUCUACAUCCGAAUAAAGAAUCAAGAGUUUCGUCCGUCACAGAGAGAAGAUGCAGCUGCCGACUCUCCGUCCUGUCACUCAGGAGUUCAGUCUGACAGCUCGAUGCCUCAGAUCAAGGAAACAUUGAACCCCAUCAAUCUCAAGCUGCGAAUCCUGGAGGACCCUGAGACCAUGAAGCUCUCAAAUGAAGUAUUUCAGACGUCCCCACUACAGCUGCAGUGUCCUCAUGGUCUCCAGGAGACGGACUUCCUGCAGCUGCUCAGGUCCACAUUCCCUCAGCUGGCAGGAGAUAGACCGUUUGACAUCUUUACGUCCAGUAUAAAGAAGAAACUUCAUCCUCUGAUUGUCGAGACUCUGACGCCAGAGGAGAUCCUCAGGAGCAGCAGGAGUUGUGGCCGUUCAUCUCUUUACAUCCGACUAAAGGCUCCAGAAGAAGCUCAAUCCAGCAAGGAAAUGAUUUGUCGCCUGCAGGGAGGAGUGGACGCUGCUGAUGAAACCAGACUCGGCAGAGAGGACAUUCGGUCCAGCAGCUCAACCUCACAAGGACAAGAAGACGAGGACAUUAAAACAAGUGAAAGCGAUAACGAGCCGCUGGGUCAUUGGUCUCUGCUCGUUUCUGAGAGCGAGAGGGAAGAAGACGAGACGAUUGAGAAACGAGACAGAAGUGAGAAGAGUCUGAGGAAUAAAGAAUUACGGGAGACACUGAAGCGACGAGCCAAACGAUCAGAUGCCAAAACAAAGAGGAGCCUGCCUUCUCCACCGGCAUCGUUUCCAUGGGCGUUAACUUCCGACGGUAAGGUUCUUCCGUCCUGUAAAGUCUGUGGAGCUGUGCAUCGGUCAGUGCGCUUUGUGAUCAAACACGCCUGGAGUCACGUGGACAAUCCGGCGCAGCUCUGUGGAGUUUGUGGAGAACGUUCAGAGUCUGCAGAGGAGCUGAGGCAACACCUUGAGAGUCACCAGAAGACUCACGACUGUCACAUCUGUGGAAAGUUGUUCCUCUCCACCAACGGCCUGAAGGGACACAUCGCACGACACAACGGAGAGAAGUCGUACAAAUGUAAGAUCUGCCACAAAUUGUUCAUUGAGUUCUCUAUGCUGAACGCUCACAUGAUGAUCCACGCCGUCAAGACGUCGCACGUGUGUGAUGUUUGUCAAAAAUCCUUUUCCUCAAAGUGUCAGCUCAAACUUCACCGUUUGACGCACUCGGACAAGAAACCGUACAGCUGCAACGUGUGUGCGAAGUCUUACCGCUGCUUCGCAACUUUAUCCCAGCACAUGUGCACUCACUCGAGCAGCUUGGCAGCGAGAGCGCAAUCACACGUCUGCGAAAUCUGCAGCAAAAAGUUCCACACGUCCUGGAAGCUGCGGGCACACGUGAAGAACCACAGCACCGGCGGCAAACGCAGCAGAGAGUUCUCGUCCAAGUCGAAGCUGAUGACUUCCAUCAAGAUCCGCACGUUAUAAAUCCACCGUCUGCAGCUCGGCCACACAACUGUUCAUCAGAACUUUAACUGCUGCUAUCCGAGAAGCUGAAAGUGUCGCAACUUCUCAGUUUUUGUCAGUUUGAACAAAGUUUGUUCAGAAAUGUGUUCUGUGAUGCUCGAUGCUGCGUAAAUGUCGACGUGUUCUGUAUUUUUCUUAUUGUCAGCGAAUCUACAAAAAAGCCUCAAGCUCAAGCAUUUAUUUUUGAACUGUUAAACUGAAGUUGUGAUGUUAGACCAGUUUUUUUAUUAGGGAAGAAAACACCAGAAAUAAUCCACAAAUAUUUAGUUUAUAUAUUAUGGAAUUGAUCUGGGACUAUAUUCUGCAGAGGAUGAAUCCACUCUUGCUGUAAAUCAAACAACAUAUGUUGCCUACGUGAUCAAAUCGCUGGCUUUUAAGAGAACUUUCAUGAGGUGACAAAAUGAAAGAUUGAACAGUUUAUUUGUUUUUUUUGUACAUUCAGAUUAUCAGAUUACACCGAUUCUGACGUCAGCGUGUGGAAUAAAAAUAAGUAAAAGAA